AUGCGCCUUGCUAUGCAGUUGUCGCGCGGUGGUGCACACAAUGUGGUGACCGCUGCGUUGUGCGUGCAGUGCCGCAUGCGAAGUGGAGGGGGUCCGGGCGAUAGACGCAUCCGCACUGAUUGGUACCGCUGCUAUCCGUCGCUCAUGGAGGAGAAGGAGAGGGACAUGUAUCACUGCUACUACCCAUACCUGUUUGACCACGGGGACAAAAUGAGUCUCUAUCCUAAAAUCCCCGAUAACCCUCGAAGGUGGCAGCCCGAGCAGCUGCAGACGAUGUAUGACGCUAUUCGAGAAGACAAGUAUGAUGCAUUUAUACGCCUUCGUGAGAAGUUUCCCGAGUUGUACCAAGACACCCGGGCUUGGGACAAUCCCCCACCAUUUGGCGAGUUUAACAUGUUUUAUUCGGUACGGUUUGGAAUGAUUGGCGUAAAGGCUUUUACUUGCAAGGACUACGACGAGCUGGGUAACCAGUUUGACUGCACCGCAUUUUGGUUUCCUGACAACCAGAUUGUCAGGCACGGCACACGAAACGGGGACGUAGGGACAGACAAGGUAUACGUUGGGGCAAUGAACGUACCUGUGGAGUUUCACAAACCACAUGUGACGGCCUUUUAUAAGGCGGCUGGUGUGCCUGUGAAACAUGUUUGUGCGGGGUUUUCAAUCACCCCCGACGCCUACGCACCUGUGGGCACAAAGUUGGAUGUCCGCCACUUCAAACCGGGCCAGGAAGUCAAUAUCACGUUUCAAAACACAGAUUACGGCUUUCGGGGCGUGAUGUUUCGUCACGGUUUUGACGGUGGCUACGUUUGGCUAGGCGAUUCCAAAUGGCAGCGUCGUCCAGGGUGUAUGGGGGCGGAGGGGCAGAAGCGCAUCUAUCCGGGCCACCGCAUGUCAGGCCAAACAGGGGCUUCCGCUGAGACCUACCACGGUGUACCUGUGUGGCGUAUCGAUUAUAAAAACGCGCUUAUCUACCUUCCAACGCUCCUUGAUGCAGACGUCGGCACCUACGUAAAGUUCAGCGACACGAUUAAUACAAAGGGCUACACGCUGUGGAACGAGCACCGUGGGCUUCCCGCGUUUCCAACCUUCAUUCCUGCUGAGGAGGAAGACCUGUCAAAGUUGUCUACGGAUGAGUGUCAGUUGAUGAGCCCCCCGCUAUACAUGUAUUUCCGGGACGAGUUUGCGGCGACUCAGUUGGUCUCCCAGGCGGAUGUGGAGGACGCCAAGAGUGCCAAGCCGACAACGGCGGCGCCAAAGAAGAAGGUCUACGACAUGAAGAAGUACUUCGAGGCGCGUAAAAAGUACAGACAGAACCUGCAGAAGGCAAGAAAGGUAAAACUCAUGAGUCUGCGUACUAGGGCGCAUGAGAAGCAGGAGGAGGCGCGCCGUGCGAAGAUUUUGAAAUACAAACGUGUCAAGUAG